AAUUCCUAUCCCGUGCAUGGGCGGCGCUAUUUCUGCCCGUACGCGCGCUCAUUCACUUGACUGUAGCGGGCUGGCUACUAGCGUAAUGAGGCUAAGCUAGCUGUCACUCAGUCAGUCACCGGAUGUUCCUGGACCCACGUCGUCGGGCGUCUUCUUGACAUUCCCAUCAAACAUUCCCGGGCGAAUUCGUGUCGACUGACCAGAGUCCGCGAAUUCACGUCCGGCGCCCUCCUUGGUCAUCAAGCCUUUCCCUCCCCACCGCCGCCCCACCACUAGCGGUGCUUAUCUUGCCGGCUAACGUGUGUUGCGGAGAGCCGAAGAGAGGACGAGAGAGCCCUGAACCGAAGGACCACACCCAGACAAGAUGUCCCUUCACCAGUUUUUGCUCGAGCCCAUCACCUGCCAUGCGUGGAACCGCGACAGGACACAGAUUGCCAUCAGCCCCAACAACCAUGAAGUUCAUAUUUAUAAGAAGAAUGGAAACCAGUGGGUCAAGACUCAUGAGCUGAAAGAGCACAAUGGACACAUUACAGGCAUCGACUGGGCCCCUAAGAGCGACCGCAUUGUGACUUGCGGCGCUGACCGCAAUGCGUAUGUGUGGUCCCAGAAGGAGGGCGUGUGGAAGCCCACGCUGGUCAUUCUCAGAAUCAACAGGGCCGCCACAUUCGUGAAGUGGUCCCCGCUGGAGAACAAGUUUGCAGUGGGCAGCGGUGCACGGCUCAUCUCGGUCUGCUAUUUUGAGUCGGAGAAUGACUGGUGGGUGAGCAAGCACAUAAAGAAGCCCAUCCGCUCCACAAUCCUCAGUCUGGACUGGCACCCCAACAACGUGUUGCUGGCUGCUGGGUCCUGUGACUUCAAGUGCAGGGUAUUCUCAGCCUACAUUAAGGAGGUGGAGGAGAAGCCAGGUCCGACGCCUUGGGGCAGCAAAAUGCCUUUCGGGGCUGUACUAGCGGAAUUUGGAGGAGCAGGAGGAGGAGGUUGGGUCCACUCUGUGUCAUUCUCUGCCUCUGGUAAUCGCCUGUCGUGGGUCAGCCACGACAGCACGGUUACUGUUGUGGACAGCUCCAAGACUGCCUGUCCUUUGCAGUUGAAGACCGAGUUCCUGCCUCUCCUCAGCGUUUGCUUUGUGACAGAGAACAGCCUAGUAGCGGCAGGCCACGACUGCUGCCCCAUGCUGUUCCGCUGUGACGAUGCUGGAACGCUGACCUUCGUAUCCAAGCUUGACCUGCCUAAGCAGAGCAUCCAGAGGAACAUCUCGGCUAUGGAACGCUUCCGCAACAUGGAUAAGAGGGCCACCACCGAGGACCGCAACACCACGCUGGACACCCUGCAUCAGAACAGCAUCACCCAAGUGUCUAUCUACGAGGGAGACAAAAGGGACUGUCGCAAGUUCUGCACCACCGGUAUCGAUGGCGCAAUGACUAUUUGGGACUUUAAGAGUCUUGAAGCUUCUAUCCAGGGUCUCCGCAUCAUGUGAAGAAAUGUGAAUGGGGGGG